CCCAGCCCCUUUUCCCGGAGCCGGUCCGGAGAGCCGGAGCUGGGCGCUCGCAGUCCGCCGCAGAUCGAGCCGCGGCCAGAGCCGGAGAGUUCUGCCGGAGGCUAAGCGGGGUCUUCCGAGCCCCGUCCCAAGCCGCCGGACUGCGGCCACAGCUUUGUUGUCCUCUGCCCUGCACUGCCCUGCGCUGCCAGUUGGUCCAGCCCCGGGGCUGUGCUGCCCCUUCAGGUGCCGGCUCCGCGCUCCCAGACCACCCGGAGGCUCGACCUCGAGAGCAGCGUCACGAGCCCCCCUCCCCAAGUUCCCAGAGCCCCCCAGCCGAGAUGGCUUCAGUGACAGAGGGAGGCAAAGCCGGGGGCAAAGAUGCUUCGGACCAAAACUUUGACUACAUGUUCAAGCUGCUCAUCAUCGGCAACAGCAGCGUCGGGAAGACUUCGUUCCUCUUCCGCUACGCCGACGAUACCUUCACCCCGGCCUUUGUCAGCACCGUGGGCAUUGACUUCAAGGUGAAGACGGUUUACCGCAAUGAGAAGAGAGUAAAACUGCAGAUCUGGGACACGGCUGGACAGGAAAGGUACCGGACUAUCACCACUGCCUAUUACCGCGGUGCGAUGGGCUUCAUUCUCAUGUAUGACAUCGCCAACGAAGAGUCCUUCAACGCCGUCCAGGACUGGGCCACCCAGAUCAAGACCUACUCCUGGGACAACGCCCAGGUCAUCCUGGUGGGGAACAAGUGCGACAUGGAGGACGAGAGGGUCGUGCCCACUGAGAAGGGGAAGCUCCUUGCCGAGCAGCUGGGGUUUGACUUCUUUGAAGCCAGCGCCAAGGAGAACAUCUGUGUCAGGCAAGUCUUUGAGAGGCUGGUGGAUGUGAUCUGCGACAAGAUGUCCGAGACCUUGGACACCGACGCUGCCCUGGCCAGUGGGGCCAAGAACACGCGCCUCACGGAUGCCCCCCCACUCCUGCAACCCAACUGCUCCUGCUAGGCCCAGCAGGCCACACUCUUCCUGCUCUCUGGGAACUCUUCCCACCCCCGCCCCCCAUACCUUUUCCUUUCCCGUGAAACUCUUCCCACCCUUUGCUGACUCAACAGUUCUCAUGCGGACCUCAGUUAUCUCUUCUAUAAGUGGUUCUGGUAGAUUCUGCCAUUUGUGUUUUGGGUCCUGGAAAAUAUGAUGCUCUCAACCAUUUGUAAGUGGGCCCUGCUUUAUAAAUGCCCUUGAGUUGGAAAGGACAUUGGCCCCCUCCCUCCUAGUUCACAAAAGACAGAACCCCAAAUCACCUGACUAAGAAGUAGCAUAGCCAAGAUCUGAACCCACUUCUUCUGAAGCCAAAGUAAAUGAAUGGUCUCUCUGUGGUGCUCUCCGUAGCACUGUACCACAUCCUAGUGGAGUUAGACUAUUCGUUUAGGAAAAAAAUAUUUCCCAUUUUACAAAAGGCUUCACCUCAAGGUUUGCCCUGUGAAACAUCCUUUACGGUUGAUUACCUCCCAUGAGGGCCAUCCACAUGUGGAGAGGGACCUGCACAAAAUGAACUAUUUCGCAUCCUAUUCCUUAGUGAGUUUCUUUCUUGGUUAUCCUGAGAACCCUAACCCUGUCCCAGAGUACCCCUGGGGCUUGAGGGCAAUAGGGAGAGCACUGAUCUCUGGGAGCCUGGAAAUACAGGAUCAGAGACUUCAUACUGGAAGGGACCUCCAACAGUUAUCAAGUCCAACCUGUUCAUUUUCACAGACGAAGAAACAAAGGCCCAAUGAGGGUAGAACUGGGAAAGAAAUGGCUCUUUUAGGAGAGACAGUAAAAAAAAAAAAAAAAAAAGACUGGAUUUGAGGUCAGAUCCCAGACCUAAAUUGAAAUCCUCAAUUUCCUAUUUCCUGGAUCACUGAUCUUGGGCAAAGCCUUUCCUCUGGGUGGGCUCAGUUUUCUCCAAAUGAGAGACAGGACUAGAUGACCUUUAAGAACGACUGUGGUCCUAGUAAGGAUGAAAGGAGCCCAGAUUGGAUCCGAUGCAGUUUAUUUCUUGAUGGUGGUUUAAUGAUUUUUCUGACUCAUCUUCAAGGUUCCAUUGUGAAAAAGAGUGAGAAAGGAAGUGUUUCUGGGCUGCUGAUUUUUUAUCUUUUCCUUCUGCCUGAAACCAAUUCACCUCCAUCCAAAAUUCAAUUACCAGUAAGUAGCCGACCCCUUCUCCAACAGAUCCGAUCUUGGAAAACCAAUCCCAAUGUGUCUGUUCUAAGACACAUAAGGAGGCAAUAUAGUAUUCAUGCUCCUGGAAAAGUGGGCAAUUAAAAUAAAUCCUAGAAUUGCUUGAUCUUGAUCUUGAUAGGACUUGGAGGACCUAUCAAGAUCAAGCAAUUCUAGGAUUUAUUUUAACUUAAUUUUAACUUAGUCUGUAUCCAACAAAACUCCCCUCUACCCAAGUGACUAUUCAGAAUGCCAGUAGUGAGUGGUGAGCCCUCUACAUUAAUAGAUGGCACACUAAUAACUUGCCCAGGAAAGCAGGCUUUUCCUCCUUACCUGGUGGCUCAUAAUUUAGGGGCAUUUGUACUAUGACUUCAGUCUCCACGUGGCAAAAAGGUGGGUUAGAUUGGAGUGUGUGACUAGAAAGGAUUAACCCACAUUAUAUACUGUAUCCCCAUGAGGCAAGUUCAUUUGGGUGUUGGGUGAGGAUUCAUUCCAAGCCAAGAAAAGGCUGGAAAAAAGCAGAGAAUAAUAUGAAACUGGAGAAAGGCUUCUUUUGGUGAAGGAAGUAGAGUGUCUUGGAAAUGGUUACCAUCACCCACCUAAUUGAUAGUCCUUUAAGAGGGGCUCAUGGAAAUGGUGAAGAAAGCAUGGGAGUUAGGAGUCCCAACUCAGCCAGUGACUUGCUCUGUGGUCUCUGGACACUUCCUUCACCUCACUGGGCCUUAGUCUCUCCUCUAUGUAACGGUAGAAUUGAGGUGAAUGAUUUCUAAGUCCUUUUCCAUCUCGGACAUGAAAUGCACCCUGUCCCAUCUUGAGCAAUCUAUGACUCCAGGGUCGGCCAAACCAUCAUUUAUUAAGUGCCUACUAUGUGCCUGGGGGUGCAAAAGUGAAACAAAUGGUCCCUGCCCUUGAGAAGUUUGCGAUCCAGCCAGAGAAGAUGUUCGGAUAUAGGUGUAUACACCGCGCUUUGAGGAAAUGCAGAAGGCAGUUGGGGGAGACUCUCGCAAUUAAGGGGCUCAGGAAAGGUUUCAUAAAAAGAUGGCGCUUGAGCUGAGCUUUGAAGUUAACCAGCAAUUCUGAAAGGUGCAGGUGGGAGAGAGUGUGAUCUGGCCUGUUCCAAGUCACGGAGGUGGGAGAUGGAGUGAACUGGGUGAGAAACAGGAAGGCAGCCGUAGGUCAUCUGAGACUGAGCUAAGCCAUCAGUCCUGUCUCUACAGGAGCCUUAUUCCAGUACUUGGGGUGGGGGGGGGAGAGGAUCAUUCUAAUUUGGUCAAAAAGAGACCCCAAACUCUCAUGUUGAGAGGACCUUGCUCUGGAGCUGUCCAAGGUCCUGCCCGGAGUACCUGGGACUCUCAGUAAAAAGCCAGGGGCAGGGUGUGAGGAAAGAGAGGUGUUGAGGAGGGGCAGCCAUGUGGCCCUUAUUGCUAACAUGGCCUAAUCACUUGGUUUAUCUGAGUCACAGAUUUCCCUCCUGCACAACACAACGCCGAGACCAUUUAGAUCCAAUGGGAACCUUAGACAUUAUGUAGUCCAAGCCUUUCGUGUUACAGAGAAGAUCCAGAGGGACUGAUUCAAUAAACUUCAAAAUCAACAAGCAUUUAUUAAGCACCUACUACACGCCAGGCACUGAGAAUAAGAUAUAAAAUAAUCUGUGCCCCCAAGGAGUUUGGGGAGACAACAUGGGCCCAGGAUAAGUAAAUACAAGAUAAAUUAAGGAGAGAACACUAAUCAUCAGGCAGAUAAGGCUUCUGGAUGGAGGUAAAGGAAUUGAUUUCUGGGAGGUGUUGAAAUGACUGAUCCCGAGGUCACAUGACUAAUAAAUGAGGGAGCCAGGAUUUGAGUAUAGGUUCUCCGACUUCUGGUCCAAUUGUUUUAAGCAGCACCUGGUAGAAAGUCAGUUCAGUUCCUUUUGGGGGGCUAGAAGAGCUUACUAAUCACAGAGUGUACAUGCUCCUGGCUUUACCUGAAUUAUUAUACCUUAUGAAAUCUCAGGAUUGAAAGCACCUAAAUGAAAUUGAGCAUUUCCUUCAUUUAUUUAAAAAUAUGAUUUGCCAAACUGGCUACCAAAGGGAUCCAGAACAUGGCAGUUAAAACAAACACCUCCCUCCCCCUCUUAAAAAAGAACCUGCAUUAGGACUCCUUAACUUUUUUUUCCCACUCACUGCCCCUUUUUGCCUGAAAAAAAUUUGUGAUCUUGGGUAUACAAGUGUAUAAAAUAGGUACACAAAACAAACAUUAAUAAUCAUCAUUUUGUGCCCCCCACAUUCAUUUAUGAGACUCCGUGUCACAACCCACAGUUUAAGAAACUGGAAACUAGAGGAUCUCUAGGAUUCCUCCCAGAAAUAGUUCAUUUUAGUGGGAAGAGGACCAGAACGGGAGUUAUGGGUGCUGAGUUCAAAUCCAGAUUUUCUCACUAGCUGUGUGGCCUUGAGCAAGUAAAAGCUCCUCUGGGUUCCUUGUGUAUAAAAUGAGGGCGUUGGACAAGACAGCCUCGGAGGUCUCUCCCAGUUCUGGAGCUAUGAUCUUAUGACUUCCUCCCUAAUUUCAUUUGAUAUUUCCCCACAAUCCUCUGUAGUCAGGGGUUAUCUUCCUCAUUUCACAGAUGAGAAGACUGAGGCUGGGAGGCAUAGAAGGGGUGGCUUGUGCAAAAUGGACCCUGGCUAUCCUGAUUCCGAGUCCUUUGCCCUCCGCUAACACCUUCCCUGUGCAGUGAGUGCCCUUAUGCCUAGGACUCACAAGUGCACUAGUCCUGCACCUUGGGAUUUUAUCUGGUCCCCUUGGGGUUCAUGCUUGGUAUUCAGCAGCCUUUGAGUCUCUCAAAUAAACAACUGGAGGGGACAUCCAACUGAACCCUGCAAAUGGGUCCUUUGGGGGGGAACCUUCACCCGGGGGCAUGAGAAGGUGAGCAUUGUAUCUGCCUGGGAAGAUUCCCCUCCCCGUCCCCCCGUCCUUGGCUUGCAUUUGCCAGCAUCCUUCUGUCUAACACUCUGUGACCUCCGCUCAUUCAUCCUCCCGCAGCUAGCAUCCUUCCGACUCCAUCCCGCAUCCCAGAGCCACAUCCUGCCCUCAAAAGGAGCGGCCAGCGGCCAAAUGUGCAAUACAGUAUUGGAUUCUUGUGCUGUCAGUGAACUGUGUCUCCAUGCGUGUAAAUAUAAACCAGUUCCUCAUUUA